UGAGCUCUGUCUCCAGCCAGUCUCAGGCCGCUGCGCGUGCGGCGCGGACAGCGCAUUCGAAGUUUGAAAUAGCGCUUAGUCGCGAGUUCGAUUUUCGAAAUAACGAAGUUUGUCGAUGUGCCAUUGUUCUGUGGUUUUCUGUGAACUGUGAAUUUAUGAGAGCAUCGAUAAAGUCGCGUGUUAUAUGUGAAUAAAAAGUGAUUAAAAUUCAAAAUGGUGAUGGAAUCUGGACAGCAGAAUGGACGGUUUUGGCCGCUCUCGCCCCGUCUUUGGCGUCGAAGUAACGAGUACUCCAAAGUCGUCUUCGAACCUAGAAGACCACCUCUGUCUCCUAUCGAGAUGAGAAGGCAUGAUAAGUUAGAUGUAACCCCAGAUUUACUGCGAACGAAGAGUUUUAUCAAAGAUAGACUGGAUCACUUGAAUUUGGAGGAUGCUAUUAUAGACGAGCGAAGAUGGAGUGUGGAUUCCAAGAAGCCGCCAUUGAGAGAAGCGAAGAAGAAAGUUGAAGAAGAUGUUGUGAAAUUGAGAGUGAAGAAGCAGAGGCAGCCACGACCGAACAGUUUGCAGCUGUUACUCUGUCCGUCCAGUUCUGGACAUUAUAGCAGCAAUACUUGGAGGUACACGAGGGUCCGGUCUAAAAGCCAUGAGCCGGAAGGUGGCGGGCGGUGCGGCGAGGGUCCGCUAGCGCGCGCCAUGCAGCCCGCGCCUCCGGGCGGCUCGCCCAAGAGGCACCAGUCUUCCGCACCAGCACAUGGAGGCGCAGCCGGCGACCAAUCCACACUGAAGGUCCACCUUCCCAACGGUGGGUUCAACGUGGUGCGGGCCUCGGCCGACGAGGAUGUGAGGUCGGUGCUCCGGCUGCUGGCCGCCAGGUUGGCUGCCGGAGACAGGGUAUACGCAUCAUGCUUCGCGUUGCGGGCGAAGAGGCUGACUACUGGCAAGAUCCGUUGGAUCCACCAGGACACGCCGGUGUCGGAGCUCCUGACAAAAUGGCCGGCGAGCGAGUGGCGGCUGGAGUUGCGCGUGCGCUACCUGCCGGCCAACCUGCGCGACCUCUGCGACGCCGACCGAGUCACCUUCCACUAUUACUACGACCAGGUUCGACACGACUACCUCAACGCCAACCAUCCAAUGGUAGACCAGGAUUUGGCGAUACAAAUAUGUUGUUUAGAAAUUAAAUACUUCUGUAAGGAUAUGCAAACAUCUCUGGACAAGAAGUCCAACAUCGAGUACCUGGAGAAAGAGUUCGGCCUGCACAAGUUCCUGCCCAAGUCUGUGCUCGACGCCAUCAAGCCCAAGGUGCUCAAGAAGGCCAUACAGCAACAGUUUAAAAAGGUGGCCAACCUGAGCGACACGGAGUGCAUGCUGAAGUACCUGGACACGAUGCACACGCACUACGGGUACGACCGCGAGACGUUCACAGGCGCACUCGGCACCGGCUGGUCUAUUCCUGUCGAGCUGGCCAUCGGACCUUUUAUUGAUAUAUCAUACGUGUCCCACAAGGCGGGUGAGCCCCCCACGUACACGAAGAUCGCAUCGUUUAGCGACAUCGUGGCCGUGCAGACACUCAAGUCCAACUGCACACAACAGUCGCAGACACAGAGUGGCUCCUGUGGUAAGGCUGCGCUACAACUACGGGUAAAGGGAGCGACGGAGACGCUGACUAUCACGUGCAGCAGUGUAGAGGCUGCAGAAAGUUUAGCAGAUUUAGUCGAUGGCUACUGCAGACUGGUCACAGAGUCACAAACCUCUUUAUGGAAUAGAACGACGGAGAUGAGCAGUAGUUCGUCGGAGGGUAAGACGAGUUCGUGGGAGGCGAACACGGCGACGCUACUCUCGGAGGACUACGCGGAGAUUGUGGACGAUGACGCCGACUACUCCACGCCUGCAGUUCGAGAUUACGAGUUAGUGCGGAAUCAAAUAGAACUGACUGGCAUCAUCGGUGAAGGACAAUUCGGAGACGUUCAUAAAGGCACGUGUAAGGUGACGUCGUCGAACCACCCGUCGCUGCGGCGGCAGCUGGCGGCGGGCGCGGCGCGCGGCGACUGCGUGCUGCCCGUCGCCGUCAAGACGUGCAAGAUGGACGCCGACCUCGACACCGCCGAGAAGUUCCUCGAGGAGGCUUACAUAAUGCAGCAAUUCUCCCACCCGCACAUCAUCGGCCUGGUGGGUGUGUGUAGCUCCCCCCCGAUAUGGAUCGUCAUGGAACUCGCUACAUUGGGGGAGAUGAGGGCCUAUCUACAACAGAAUGCGCACAGAUUGGAAACCUGCACACUAGUCCUGUACAUCUACCAGUUGUCCACCGCACUUAGCUACCUCGAGAGCAAGAAGUUUGUACACAGGGACAUUGCGGCCAGGAAUGUGCUUGUAUCUACGCCAACUUGUGUCAAGCUAGCAGACUUCGGUCUAUCCAAGAUGGUGGAGGACAAGUCGUACUACAAGGCGUCGCGCGGCAAGUUGCCCAUCAAGUGGAUGGCGCCCGAGUCCAUCAACUUCAGGCGGUUCACGUCCGCCUCCGAUGUCUGGAUGUUUGGCGUUUGCAUGUGGGAGAUAUUAAUGUUGGGAGUGAAACCAUUCAGCGGCGUGAAGAACAACGAUGUCAUUGGUAAACUGGAGAACGGGGAGCGGCUCGCACUCCCCCCUCGCUGCCCACCCCGGCUGUACUCUGUCAUGUCGCGCUGCUGGGCCUACGAACCUAGUCAGAGACCCCCUGCACAUCAACUUAAAGAAACACUGUUUGAGAUCCUGCAAGAGGAACGCAGCUCGGCGUGGGAGACGAUGCGGCGGGAGAACAGACGCGUCGCCGCAGGAUCCGUCAGCGAGGAGCCACCGCCCAAACCACAGCGACCUUCCAAUAAUAUACCAGUGAGUGACAACGUCCCAGGCGGCGCGGGCGCAGCCCAGACGUACAUAGUGGCACAGAACCCGCUCGUACUGGCGCAUCUACUGCGGGAGAACACUGCGCGCGCGCAUCUACCGCACGCGUACACCACGCCCGCCUCGGUAUUUAACACUGUCGCCGUAGACUUCAUCAUACACCCCCGCCCCGACGAGAAGAUCGACAUCCCCCUCCAGACCGCCCCCAUCCCCGCCGCCAGCCUACAGAAACUAGACCCCAUCGUCCCCACCUCCACCCCUUCCGACACCCCCGACGAAACCCUCACAGUAGUAGUAGGAGCUCGCGAGAGCUGCGACAACCUCUGUCAGAACAUUCCCAGCGUGUCCCCGCGCGGGGAUAACGCGUCACCCAUCGCUGCGGAAGCAGACGUACCCGAGCCGUACGCUAGUCGAGUUAGGUCUCUAGAACGUAACACUCGCGGUACGCUGUCCAGUGCAGAGCGCGCUCCCAUCCGCAUGGGGUCGCUGGAACGCAACGCCCGCGGCAGUCUGUCCCACCGCGGGUCCCCGGUGCCCAUCGCGCCGUUCACGCGCCAGCACUCGGUGCCCGCGUCCCCGCCGCCGCGCACCCGCCGCGACCAGGACGUGGGGCAGUUCGCGGUGCAGGGCGCACUCAACGCACAACUGGCCGCCAGUGUCAUGAACAAAAUGCGAACACAACCAGAUCCGCCUCUAGUAGAGGAGAUAUACGAUUUUGGUGGGGAUAAUGUGAAGAGUUGCGUGGCGGUAGCGGCGCAGCGAGCGAUGGCUCGGCCUCAGUUCAGACGGGAGAGUAGUAUGGCGGCCUCUCAUCCUUCUGCUUCGUACGGAGUUCCUGUAGGAGUCGUGCAAGGAGUGCCGUACUCGGGACAAGCUCGGCCGGCAAAGGUCCCGCAAGGUUUCCUUCGGUCUGCAAGUCCGCAGCCGUUCCAGCAGGUACAGCAAGGGUUCGCCCAGCCGAUGGGAGUGGUGCCCCCCAUGUACGGGCCCCCACACGGGUACCCAGGGGCCCAGCCCGUCAUGUACCGCGCACAGAUGGCGCCACAAGUGGCGGGCCCGGCGUACAGACCGAUGGUACAAACGUCGGAUGCUUCCACUGUCUUUGCGUCUAGGAUGGAAUGUCAGCCAGCAAUGGCCCAGGCUGGAGUACCCAUAUCCAGCUCAAUGGCUGGUGUGCCAGUGUCUGGCGUGAUGACUGGCGUGCCAGUCUCUGGCGCGAUGUCUGGCGUGGCAAUGCCUGGCACAGUGCCAGUGGCUGGCGCGGUGCAAGGAGUGUCGGCAGGAGUGUCCCACGUGCAUGGAGUGGCGCAGCCCGUGCAGAGUCCAGAAUGCGACAGCGAGCAAGCAGUGGAAAGGCGAUUGCUAGCCGAACUAGCAAGACAACAACAUCAAAGCGAAGAAGAUAGAAGAUGGUUGCAAAUGCAGGAAGAGAACUUGAAAAAGCGCUUGUCCAACGUGCAACUAUCGACCGAGUCCGAACCGGGCAGUGAACAGAAACCAGACGGCACCACCACCAACGAACCGAGAGCACCUAGUCAACCACAUUCAGCGACGACGUCUGCCGAGACGAGUCCAGCGAAUACUGUAUCCAAAGAACGACCACCGAGCGAAGAUAAGUCGGGCCGCAACACGUCGGAGCCGGUGUACUGCGCGACGACGAGCGUGGUGCGGUGCGUGAUGCGGCUGGCGGGCGCGGCGGCGGGCGGGGCGGGCGCCGCGGGGCUGCUCGCCGCCGUGCGGGCCGUCGGCGCAGACCUCCGGGAGCUCUGCGCUACCGUUGAUAAGGUCGUCGUGCCCUUCCCGCAACAUGCUCAGAGGGAGGUGGAGAUGGCGCACCAAGUGCUGAGCAAGGACAUGGCGGCGCUGGUGGAAGCCAUGCGGCUCGCCAUACAGUACCACAACACCACGCUGCAGCAUGAGUACACUAAAAACAUGCUAGCAGCCGCCCACAUCUUGGCUAUGGACGCCAAGAACCUGUUGGACGUGGUGGACUGUAUCCGCGAGCGACACCCCAACAUCGACUGGCGCGCCGCCCUGCAGCCCCCGCAGGAACCGAGCAGCCCUAACGCGCAGGUGGCAACCCCACAGAACCAGACUCUGACCUCUCAGAACCAGGUGUUCGCGGCCCAGAACCAGGUGUAUAUACCACAGAACCCGGUGCUCAGCAACCAGUCGUCGGUGCAAGAGGAUGAGACGCCGCCUCCGAAGCCAGACUUCAAGAUCAACCAACCAGUGACCACCAGUCAGCUCACUGUCACGGAACAACCGCCCAAAGAGCACAGUAGCCUGCCCGCCGCCCCCAACAGGGUGUCCACCCUCAUACACAACUACAACCUCUACGGCAACGUCAGGGAACCGCAACACAUCUACGGCAACACCGAAGCCUCCUCCUUCCAAUUCUCCUCGUCGAGCUCCGAUGACGUCAAAGUAGACUCCGCCCCCAUGGAGUCCGUCAAGAGUCGUGUCCAAGCCAUCUCCGGCAAACUCGACUCCCCCCCUAUCUAUUCCGUCAGCAAGAAAAUGAUACCACUCGAUCAAAACAUUGGUCACACCGACCAAGGGUGAAUGACCUUUUGACGUUUUUCGCUUGUAGUGGCAAUUUUUUUUAAUUUUUACGUCGUGUGACGUUGACAGCUUUACAUAGGCUAUGACCUUAUAUUAGAACGACUAGUGUACUUACCCGGAUAUGCUCAUAGAUAUUUCGUUUGCCGCUUGAAUUCUAUAGUGCGACGUUUAUUUGGAAAAGACAAAUAAUGCUCAAUAUUACCAGUAGCGAAUUAAGUGAGCCAAAUAAUUGUCGUUGUAUCCAUCCAUUCGCGUUCGUUUAUAUCGGAGUUCAUAUACAUUAACCGUUUAUUAUUACUGUUGUAUUUACGUAAAUGGCGCGACGGAAAUGUAGGGAAAGGAAUACAUAAAAAUAAAAAAAGUUCUGCAGUAAUUUUUACUGGCAAUCUAAAUAUAAUAAUUAUUUAAUCCCUUACGUUGUACGUAAAGUCAAUUCAAGUUAAAUAAUUUAAUUGUAAAUGAAUAUAAACAUAUUUGCCUAAAAAAUAUGGCCUAAAUUAUGAAUAAUGUAAAACCUUUUUGCACUUUCCACUGCUAAAAUAUUUUUGUAUCUUUAUGAGAUUUUUUAGCUUUUUUAAAAGCUUCUUUAUUUGCGUACGCGCUAUUUACGAGAAUAUAACAAUUAUACAUAGAAGUAUAUGUUGGUCAUCUAGUGAUAUCUAUUUACAUAUCAUCAGGGCACCUCAUUCUUAUUAUUUACAAACGUUCUCAAGUACCUUUUUUCCUGAAAUUUGCACAUAAAAAUGAAACAAAUAUGAUCAAGUAAGAACUUUGACUUUGUAAAGUAAUAGUCAAGAGCCUCUGUUAAAAAAAAAGUUGAAAAUCAUUUAUUCAAAAUGGCGGCAUUAUUAUUAAAUAUGGCGCGAAACUUCAUGAAUAUCUGUCAAGUUUAAUGUAUUGCUGGAUGUAAUGGGAACGUUUUAAAUAAUACAGAAGGAGGCCCAGCAUUGUUGUGCUUCAAAUAAAUAUGUGGUGUUGCCUAUUCGUGAAAUUAUUAUUCGACAUAUCUUCGUUGUACAUCACCCAUCUCCCAUGAUAACGUUGUCACACAGAACUGUUUGUGAAAAUCAUGAUAAUAUUGAUUUGUGAUAUUAUUGCCAAUAAAAUUUGAAUACUUUUUAUAAUAAGAACGGCUAUGUAACGCAGUACAGUGAGCACAUUCCUCAAACAUGCACCUAACGAGUAAGUUUUGUAGUUAUUUUUCAUACAAAUUUUAUAUUUUUGGUGUAAUGGUGUUGCAGAUUUUAUACUCAACCAGUACUGGUGCGUAUGUAUAAGAAUUAAUUCUUCCAUAGAACAAUAAUUACCCGAUAUCUUUUGAAAUUGAUUAGAAAGUAUUACGUUUAAUGUAAAAUGUAUUAUUGCGAAUAAUUGUGUAUAUUUUUCGUUAGUUAAGGUGCGUUUACAUGUCACAACAUAUUGUAACAUUUUUGCAUUUAACUGUUUACAUUCUCACUCAGUAUUCAGCCGGAUUUGAAAUGUAUUUUCUUUGUAAAAAUGUACAAAACAAAUUGUCAAUAAUAAUUGUUAUCUAUAAUUUUUUAUCCAAAGUUUUUAUUAUAAGCUUAGAUCUCAGUUGGAAUUUGUAGCGUACGUUAAAUCGCUUAGUUUUGUAAUUAAUGAAAUCAGAAUUUAUUUAUUGACGACUCUUGGUUUAUUUGUAAAGUUGAUUUUCCUAAUGUGUUAGAAGUAAGCAGGAUAUCAUUCCAAAGUGUAAUGGUUAUAGUAAGCAGUACGUAGUCCAUAUAUUAUUGUAGUGAGCUGCCCGAGAUUAUUUUCCAAAUAUCUGAUAAUGGUGGACCGGUUUUUCUUUACGCAUUGAAUAAAGGACAAGUCAAUCAUU